GAGAAGAAGCAAUUAAUCCAUACAUGGGAAUCCUAAUUAGAACACUUGCUCUGAGCUAUCCCCAUGGCAACUUCCCUUCAAAUUUUUGGGAGCUGCAGAGAGAUUACCAAACAGUGGAUUUAUCAGCAGGAGCUCGUCCUCUCAGCUUAGAGUGCUGGCCAAAACAGAAACGGGGGAGAAGGAAGAAGAAAACCAAACAGUCCUUCAGCAGUGUGACAGAAGCACUUGAUUUUUCUCAGACCAGGUCUACAGAAGAUGCUGUGCUUAUUGAAGAAGUUAGGGAUGCCACUAAAUCUGGAGAGAGAAUGUCCAGACAACAGUAUGGGGCUCUGAGAAGGAAAAUUGGAGGGACGUACAAGGAUUUCUUCAAAGACUAUGUUGAGGUGGAUGGGCAAUAUGUGGAGGAGGGGUGGGUGGACAAAACGUGCAAGGUUUGCAAGAAAGAUACGGGUGGCGAGGCCAGGCAAGUGGACAAGCUUGGAAGAUACGUUCAUGUGGCCUGUUUGGAGAAAUCAAAAUCCGGCAAUUUCUUUACCGGACUUUUCUCUGGAUGAUGAAGGCUCAUCAGUUUGCUUUGCUAUGUUUAUCAGAUGUCCCGGAGAGCCUAAACAGAAAUACGUACAUUAUACAUCAAUUAUCGGAUUUAACGUCGCCGAUUGCUUGCGUGCCAAUUCAGGCAACAAAUUUUAACCGGACAGACACAUUCUCCGUUUCCGGAACUCAAGGCUUCCGACGUGAAGUUUGGAAAAUUAGA